AUGUCAGAUGAUACAUUGUGGACAGGAAGUCCAGGUAACUACACAAAUCCAGAUGCCCCAAAAGCACUAUCCGAGGUCCGAAAACUUGUGGAUGACGGAAACUAUGCCGAAGCUACUACUGCCGCCGUCGAAUUAUCCGGCGAACCCUCCGCCGCGUUCCAGCUUGUGGGUGAUAUCAAUCUCGAAUUCGACAACACUGCUGCUGCCUACGACACGACAACGUAUCAACGAGAGCUUGACCUGAACACCGCUACAGUAAAAGUCGGGUACUCCAUUGGAGAAGUUGAAUUCACGAGGGAACAUUUCGCCUCAUUCCCUGAUCAACUCAUCGUCUCCAAAUUUUCUGCAAACAAAUCAGGUUCUUUGUCUUUCACUGUAUCUCUUAAUAGCCAGCUACCUCAUCGUUCAUCUGUGAAUGCUCAAAAUCAGAUCGUUAUGGAAAGAGCCGAAAAUGACGAUAACGCUGAGUCAAUUAAGUUUUCUGCUAUCCUUGAUUUGCGAAUUAGCGAUGGAAUCGGCACCAUAACUGUUACUGAAGACAACAAAAUUAAGGUCGUAGGAUGUGAUUGGUGUGUCAUACUUUUAGCUGCAUCAUCUUCAUUUGAAAGCCCUUUCACUAAGCCUUCAGAUUCUACGAAGAACCCUACAUCAGAGGCUUUGAAUACUUUAAAUUCGGUCAAGGAUUUUUCAUAUGAACAACUUUACGCUCGUCACUUAGAUGAUUAUCAGAAACUUUUUCAUCGUGUCUCGAUUGAUCUUUCGAAAACCGAUUCAGAAGAUGUGACAGAGAACAUGGUGGCAACAUCAGAGAGGGUGAGAUCUUUCAAAACAGAUGAAGAUCCUUCGUUGAUUGAGUUGCUAUUCCAAUACGGUCGUUAUCUUCUUAUUUCAUGUUCAAGACCAGGAACUCAGCCUGCAAACCUUCAGGGUAUAUGGAAUGAUAAAGUCACACCACCAUGGGAUGGUGCACCUCACUUGAACAUCAAUCUUCAAAUGAAUUACUGGCCUUCACUUUCCUGCAACCUCCAUGAAUGCCAAGAGCCUUUGUUCGAUUACAUUGAAUCACUUUCUGUAAACGGAACCAAAACCGCAACAGUAAACUACGAGACAAACGGGUGGGUUGCACACCAGGUAUCGGAUAUAUGGGCCAAAACAUCACCUGAUCGAGGUGAAGCUGUGUGGGCUUUAUGGCCCAUGGGUGGAGCAUGGCUUUGUACCCAUUUAUGGGAACAUUAUACUUAUACAAUGAACAAAGAUUUUCUAGCAACAAAAGCAUACCCGGUGCUAGAAGGAUGUGUUUCUUUUCUUUUGGACUGGUUGAUUGAAGGGAAAGAAGGGUUUCUUCAAACUAACCCAUCAACUUCACCCGAACACAUGUUCACUACACCUGAUGGUAAACCCGCUAGUGUCAGCUAUUCAACCACCAUGGACAUGUCUAUCAUUCGAGAAGUCUUUUCUGCAAUUGUAUCUGCUGCUCAGGUUUUGGGAAAAGGUGAAGAUGAUUUGAUCAAGAAAGUUGUUGAGUCUCAAGGGAGACUUGAGCCAACAAAAAUUGGUAAAGAUGGUUCGAUUAUGGAAUGGGCGGAGGAUUUUGAGGAUCCAGAUGUGCAUCACCGCCAUAUUUCACAUCUAUUUGGGCUGUUUCCCGGGCAUACAAUAACUGUUGAGAAAACUCCGGAUCUAUGUAUAGCUGCUGAUGUCACUCUUAAUAAAAGAGGAGAGGAGGGUCCUGGGUGGUCAACUACAUGGAAAGCGGUUUCGUGGGCCCGACUUCACAACAGUGACCAUGCAUACCGAAUGAUCAAACAUUUGUUUGACUUAGUUGACCCUGAAAAGGAAGCCAACUAUGAAGGUGGACUUUAUAGUAAUUUAUUCACCGCACAUCCGCCUUUCCAAAUCGAUGGCAACUUCGGUUUCAGUGCGGCUAUAGCAGAGAUGGUGAUCCAAAGCACCGUGAAUGAUAUUUACUUGCUUCCGGCACUUCCUAGAGAUAAAUGGGGGAGUGGAUCGGUGAAAGGUCUGAAGGCUCGUGGGAAUGUAACUGUGAGUGUUUCAUGGAACGAUGGAGGUCUGAAUGGGUUCAAACUUUGGUCCCCAAAUGACAACAAUUUAGAGGCGAUGGAAAAUGAAAGUGUCACAAAAACUAUACAUUACAAGGAAAUGAGUGUCGUGGCAAAAAUGAUGAAAGGAAAAGUAUAUACUUUUGAUAAGGAGCUACAAUUCAUAACGACGGAUUGAAUUCUUAGUUAGAUUCAUCAAGUAUUUUCUAUAAAUAAAUAGUAGUAUGUAUGUUCAAUUUCACAGGUAUUCAAUAAUGUGUGUUUGUGUUUAUAUGUUAUACAGUUUAUGGUUUUUCAAAUUUUUUUUAAAUCAUAAACUAUCUAAAACUGUUCCUAAAUAUCAUCAAAGUUUUUUAAAUCAUAAA